ACACACACACACACACACACACACACACACACACAUAUAUAAAACUUAGAUUUAUAUACCACUUCACAGUGCUUUGCAGCCUUCUCUAAGUGGUUUACAGAGUCAUAUUGCCCCCAACAAUCUGGGUCCUCAUUUUACCGACCUCGGAAGGAUGGAAUGCUGAAUCAACCUUGAGCCGGUCAGAAUCGAACAGCCUGCAGAAUUGCAUUCUAACCACUGUGCCACCACAGCUCUUUUAUAUAUUAGAGAUACAUAGAAAAAUACAUUUGUACACUUGUGAAUUUAGAAGCAUCUUGAACUGAUGAAGCAAGAUAAAAAAGAAAAUUUUGGAAAAUUCAAUAAACUUUAUUUUAAGAUACUAUAAAAGGAUUUUUCCAGAGCAAUGCCACUUUUGUGUAAAGGACAGGUCUUAAGGUGAAAAAUCCACAUAGUCAUGAAACAACUGCCAUACAAUUAAAGUUUGUUUUAAUAUUAUUGCUGUUACCUCUGUUGGGGUCAAUGAUGACUUUAGAUAUUAGAGCUGUGUGGUGUUUUGUAUAUGCUUUCCAAAGGCUGUUUUGGAAUGUGCACAGGUAUGAAUGUAGUGCCUGCCUGUAACUCUUUAAGACAACAGCAUCUUUUCCCAAGAAGAUCAUUUGCAAACAAAUUCUUGUUCCUCGAGAGCAUCUUUUCGGAAUCACAUACAAAAGGCUUUGGAGUCCUACUAGAUACUUACUUUUACUUGCCUAGAUGUUUGCAAAGCUUUUGUCUUUUGUAUUAACAGUAUUGCAGAAUUCUGUAAUUCUUCAUGUUAGGUUGCAUGAAUAUACACCUCCGUGUUCCUAACCCUAACCCUAACCUAGACAAAUUGAUAACAUUCACUAUAUCAAUUUCUUAUGAACAUAGUUUGUGGAACAAAUUGUAAUGGUUUGGUUUACACAUAAUACUGUCUGUGGACAUGCCAAGAGCAAGUGGUCUUCAAUUAAAAACGUUUCAUUUAAAGAGGACUAACCCAGUUUUAUUGCCACCAAGAAUCACUUGGUGAAAUGGGCAGCUGUAUAAAUUGGAUGGAUGGAUGAUAAUGUUCACGAAAGAUUCAGUUUUUAAUUGCAUGGUUGCUUUUUGAAAGAGCUAGAACAUGGAUUGGCAAUAAUGGACAGUUAUUAUGUUAUCAAUGAUACCACUGAAUUAUGUUCCUUGAAUCCUCAAUUAAAAAACAAAACAAAACACUAGCUGACCGUCUUCCCAGACAACAAAACAUUGUAAAAUAUCUGUUGCUAUAUUAAACAUUAAACAACACAAGAUUUCUGCCUUUUACAUUUGUUAAAUUUAUUUUUUUGAUGUCUGCAACAUUGUGCAAAGUAGCAUGAUGGUGCCUACUGCCUGAAAAGAUUCCUGAUCUUUGAAGCAGAGGUUUUCUUUGCAUUCAUGUUGACUCCUCUUUUCAAAAAAUCAAAACAUGUUGGUACAGUUGAGUUUUUGUCAACCCUGGCUUUUGGUAUUGUGGGUCUGACAAUUUUCCUGGUAGAGGAUAUUCCAAAAUCCUUUGUGUGGCUGGUAAGCCCUCUGUGUCAAUGCACAUUUUUAAUUGGCGUUGCACAGGUUAUGCACUUAGAAGAUUAUGAAGAAGGAGUUAAUUUUUCAAAUUUAACUUACGGACCUUAUCCACUUAUUAUUGCUAUACUGCUCUUGGCUCUUGACAGUGUGCUUUAUCUACUAUUAGCAGUUUACUUGGAUCAGGUUAUUCCAGGAGAAUAUGGAUUGCGUAGACAUUUUUUUUUCUUUCUCAAGCCCUCAUUUUGGUCAAAGAGAACAAAAAAUUACAAAGAAUUGUAUGAAAGCAAUAUUAACGGAAACUUAGAAUUCAAUGAGAUCAUUGAAGCCGUAUCAUCAGAGUUUCAAGGAAAAGAAGCUAUCAGAAUCAACUCUGUCCAGAAAUCUUUUGUUAAAAAAGGUGAAACUGUGGAGACUUUAAAAAAUUUAUCCUUUGAUAUAUAUGAGGGCCAGAUUACAGCAUUACUUGGACAUAAUGGAACUGGCAAAACAACAUUAAUGAACAUUCUGUGUGGAUUGUGCCCACCUUCUGAUGGAUUUGCAUCGAUCUAUGGAUACAGAGUUUCUGAAAUUGAUGAAAUGCUAGAUGCCAGAAAGAUAACUGGAGUAUGUCAACAAAUAGAUGUAUAUUUUGAUGUAUUAACUGUGGAAGAAAAUUUGUCAAUAGUUGCUGCAAUUAAGGGAAUACCUCCCAAUUAUGUGAUACAAGAGGUCCAAAAAAUUUUAUUGGAUUUGGAUAUGCAGCCCAUUAAAGAUAACCAAGCAAAAAAACUAAGUGGUGGACAGAAAAGAAAGCUGUCAAUCGGAAUUGCAAUUCUUGGUGAUCCAAAGGUGUUAAUCUUGGAUGAGCCAACUGCUGGUAUGGAUCCAUGCUCCCGACAUACAGUUUGGAACCUCUUGAAAAACAGAAAAGCCAACCACGUGACAGUGUUCAGUACCCAUUUCAUGGAUGAAGCAGACAUUCUUGCAGAUCGGAAAGCUGUAAUUUCUCAAGGAAUGCUGAAAUGUCUUGGAUCUUCCCUUUUCCUUAAGACAAAAUGGGGAAUUGGCUAUCGUUUGAGUAUGCACAUAGAUAGGUAUUGUAACACAGAAGCUACAGCAUCUGUCAUCAGACAGCACAUCCCCGGAUCAAGUUUGCUAAAACAGAACGAAGAACAACUGAUAUAUGCAUUACCAUUUAAAGAUAUGGACAAAUUUUCAGCGCUGUUUGCUGAUCUAGAUACCCAUGCUCAUUUGGGUGUUAUUUCUUACGGUGUUUCCAUGACAACCUUGGAGGAUGUUUUCCUCAAGUUGGAAGCUGAAGCAGAGAUUGACCAAGCAGAUUUUAGUAUAUUCAACUCAGAAAAAGUAGAAGAAGAAAUGGAUACAAAAUCUACUGAUGAAUUAGAGCAGACCCUACUAAUGCUCUCUGAAGUAAAAUCUUGUGUGGUGAACAAGAAAUCUCUCUGGAAAAAACAAGCCACAACUAUGGCAAAGGUUCAUUUCCUCAACUUAAAACGUGAAAUUAAGUCAGUGGCAGUGGUAUUUUUGUUAUUUACACUGUUUCUUGUUAUUCAGAUUUUUAUGUUUGUUGUACAUCACUAUUUGAAAAAAGCUGUAGUCCCCAUACAGCUAUCUCCAAAUUUAUAUUUUCUUAAGACCAAUGAAACAUAUGACAAGUACAAAACUAGUCUUCUUAUUCAAAACUCCACUGGGUCAAACAUAGAUGACUUAAUUAGUGCUCUUAGAAACCAGAAUAUACUUACAGAGGUACGCAGUGACAGUGAUUAUGAAUCAGCAGAUUUCCACAAUACAGCAUUAAACAACAGUGUAUAUGUGUCACUUGCCCCACAUAGUGCAGCAUUAAAUGUACUUAAAGUAGACAAGGGUUAUAUCUUGAUUGCUGCUUUUAAUCGCACCAUGAUACAUUCUUUACCUGUUAUGAUGAAUAUUAUUAGCAACUUCUAUCUAUACAGUGCAAACAUAACUGAAAAGAUCGAAGUUUGGAGUAACCCUUUCUUUCAAGAAAUCACUGACACAGUUUUCACUAUUGUGCUGUAUUUUGAAGCUGUCUUACUAGGAGUUCUUGUCACUGGAAUGCCAUCAUAUUUUGCCAUGGAGAAUGCAGAAAACCACAAGACAAGAGCUUACACCCAACUUAAAAUCUCUGGACUUUAUCCUUCUGCUUAUUGGUGUGGACAAGCACUAAUUGAUAUCCCAUUAUUUUAUAUAAUUCUUCUUCUUAUGGUAGGAAGUUUAUUUGUAUUUCAUCAUGGAGUUUAUUUUUUCCCUGAAAAGUUUCUUGCUGUGGUUUUUUGCCUUAUUGGCUACGUACCAUCUGUUGUUAUGUUUAAUUAUAUUGUCUCCUUCAGCUUUAAUGCCAUACAAAAUACCAAAGAAUUUUGGUCAUUUAUUUUUUCAGUGGCUGCUUUAGUUUGUUCUGUUGUCAUCGAAGUGGCCUUCUUUAUGUGGUAUUACACAACAGCCGCUGUUCUUCAUGUGUGUUUUUCUAUUUUUGUUCCCAUCUAUCCUCUUAUUGGGUGUCUCAUUUCUUUUAUAAAGAUAGUGCGGAAACUUGAUAACAAGAUGGAGAAGCAUUCAGAAAGAUUGUUGAUUUCUGUUGUAGCGCCAUAUUUGCAGUGUGUAGUUUGGCUCUUUCUUCUGCGUUAUCUUGAAAUGAAGUGUGGGGGAAAGUCAGUAAGAAAAGAUCCAUUUUUCAGAACACCUAUGAAGCCCAAGACCUGGAAACUGCCAGAUGUGCUGCACGAUGAGAAUGAGGAUGAAGAUGUUACAGCAGAGAGGCUGAGGGUUAAAGAGUUGAUCACUUGUCAAAGCUGUGAAGAGAAACCAGCAGUUUUAGUCCACUGUUUGCACAAAGAAUAUGAUGAAAAGAGUGAUUUUCUUCUUGGAAGAAAAAUAAAGACAGUGGCAACUAAUCGUGUUUCCCUUUGUGUGAAAAAAGGGGAAAUACUGGGAGUGUUAGGUCCAAAUGGAGCUGGAAAAAGUACGCUAAUAAAUAUUCUGGUGGGAGAAGUUGAACCAAAUGCGGGCCAGGUGCUGAUGGGAGACUUUUCUUCAGGUGAUAAUAAUGAAGAUGAUUCCAUGAUGUUUGUGGGGUACUGUCCACAGACAAACCCACUUUGGCCUGAAAUCACAUUACAGGAACAUUUUGAAAUAUAUGGUGCCAUAAAAGGAAUGAGCGAAAGUGACUUGAAAGAAGUCAUAAAAUGCAUCUCCAGUGCACUUGACUUUAAGGAGCAGCUACAGAAAAAAGUAAAGAAACUUGGAGCAGGAGUCAAACGAAAGCUAUGUUUUGCCUUAAGUAUGCUGGGUAGUCCCCACAUUACUCUACUAGAUGAACCAUCUACUGGUAUGGACCCCAAAGCAAAACAGCAUAUGUGGAAAGCCAUCCGAGCAGCCUUUAAAAGUAAAAAGAGAGCAGCUAUUCUGACUACUCAUUACAUGGAAGAAGCAGAAGCUGUGUGUGAUCGAGUGGCUAUCUUGGUGUCUGGAAAAUUGAGGUGCAUUGGUACAAUUCAACACCUCAAGACUAAAUUUGGCAAAGGAUAUUUUUUAGAAAUGAAAUUAAAAGAAGUUCCAGAUUUACAGAUGAAGGAACAGCUCCAGAGGGCAGUUUUGCGUAUGUUUCCCAAUGGAAGACCUCAGGAAAGUUUUAGGUCAAUUUUAUCAUACAAAAUCCCAAAGGAAGAUGUCCACUCACUUGCCCUGUCUUUUUCCAAACUUGAGGAAGCAAAACAUGCCUUUAAUAUUGAAGAGUACAGCUUUUCUCAAGCAACCCUUGAACAGGUUUUUGUGGAACUUGCCAAAGAGCAAGAAGAAGAAGACAGCUUUGGAACAUUAAAUAGCAUGCUUUGGUGGGAACGAACCCAAGGAGAAAGAGUUGUUUUCUGAUAUAUUCCAUGUUGCAGAAUUCAGUUUCUACAUUCUUUCAGGUCUUGAAGAAUUAAGUUGGGAUUGACAACCUUCCUUCUUUCUGGGACUGUUUAUUGAUAUAUUUGCUCAGUCAAAAAGUGUUUGGAGAUUUCUGCCUUUCCUAUCAGAAGACUGAGGAUUGAUUUGGCUUUCAAGAGACUUCCCAACAUUGAACUCAAUAGUUUUCUGAGGUGUGCGGGGGUCAGUGCAGCACCUCUAUUUUUUUUUAUUAAUUGAGCAGUAGCCAGUUUGUUUGUAGUCUUGUAUUCCAGUAGACUUGCAGAAAUUAAUUUGUGUAUCGUGGUUUCAUUCUUGUUUGACUUAGCUCACAAUUUCUGGCACGUUUUCACUCUCAGAUCCUAUUUGUACGGGAUUCAUGCUCUUUCCUCAGAAUGGGUAUCAAAGUUGCACUCUUUGCUCCAUCGCUCUCAAAGGACUCAUUCCAGGUACCACCCAACCAGUUUUUUUCUCACAGCUGGAAAAGAUUGUUCAAUACAAAACUUGGAGCCUUGCUACAAUGGUGGCUGCAGAUGAACAUUUUAGCCCAGGAGUUUGUACUUCUAAAGCUAGGAUUAUAUUUUCUAAAACAUUAAGACUGUUCAUAGCAGUUUUUCUGUCUUCUGAGCCAGUCACUUUGUAUUUUCUACAGAAAAGGGAUCAUCCAUUAUCUUGAUGUUCCCUCAUUCUAAACAUUCUCACUUUCACUGCAAGAUGGAAAUAAUCAUUUUUUUCCUUGUUCCCAAUUUUCCAGAGAAGCACCACUGUAUUUCCUAAACGUUACACAAGCACUAAAGUUUAUUCUUCGCUUCCCUCAGCUCUUCAAAUGGUCUUCUUUUCUGUUCAUUGGGACAAGGGAUGGUUAGACCUUCUUCAAAAACCUCAUUUGCGUGGUAGCACAAAACCCUACUUUUCAGAGAAUUGGUAGCCCUUGCCCUCAUCUUUCAUAUUCAGUUUUACUUGUACCCCACUGAUUUCAUGAAUUACUUUUAUGUAAAUAUCAAAAUUCUUCUGAUUUUAAAACACAUUCAGUUUCUGUACAAAAUCCUAAUAGUUAGAAUAAUAUAUUAGACUCACAGAUCUAUCAGUGGUAAAGUAAUGUAGUAUUGUUGCUGCUAUUAUGUUAAAGUGCCUUGCUGGAACUUUGUUGCUUGUAAUAAAGCAUUCUAAAAUGUC